AAUAUAACCUAAUAUAUUUAGAAUUUAGAACAAAAAAUGUUGAAAUAAUCUUGGCAUUAAUAUUUUAAAUCAUUCACAAUGAUUGCUCACACGAGGAAAAGAUUCUUGAAAAACAGUAAUACGUGUUACUCCUUGUGGAGCCAAUUUUUUUUUAGCACUAUCAAUGAACCCUCCAAAAGAUUUUCAACAGAUUUUCAAUUCAAAUACUAUUCCCAUACCAGUCUUAAAACUAACAAAGGGAAAAUUACCAGUUCUGAAAAUCAUAACAAUGUAAUCAGGAGGUAUUGCACAGACAAAAAAGUUAAUAUUAAUAUUGGGACUAUAGGUCAUGUUGACCAUGGAAAAACGACGUUGACAGCAGCAAUAACUAAGAUAUUACAGAGGGAAGGUCUCGCCAAGUUUAUGUCUUACGAUCAAAUUGACAAAGCUCCGGAAGAAAAGGCUAGAGGAAUAACCAUAAAUGCUGCUCACAUUGGCUAUAGUACAAAAAAAAGAAACUACGCCCAUACUGACUGUCCUGGUCAUGCAGAUUUUAUCAAAAAUAUGAUAUCUGGUGCUUCACAAAUGGAUGGAGCUAUUUUGGUUGUGGCGGCAGAUGAUGGUGAAAUGCCACAAACAAGGGAACACCUGCUUUUAGCUAAGCAAGUUGGAAUAAAAAAAAUCAUAGUUUAUAUCAACAAAGCUGAUUUAUCAGAUACUGAAGGUUUGGAAUUAGUAGAAUUAGAAAUGAGAGAACUUCUCGAUAAAUAUGGUUUCAAUAGCGAUUGUCCAGUAAUAUUUGGAUCAGCUCUAGCAGCAUUGAAGGGUGAUGAUAAUGAAUAUGGAGAGAAAUCUGUUAGACAAUUACUAGAUGCUAUCGAUAAUUAUAUACCAAAUCCAGAAAGGGAUUUAAAAUCUCCAUUCAUUCUACCCAUUGACAGUGCAUUUACCAUAAAGGGUAGAGGAACUGUUGUAGUGGGAACAAUUAAAAGGGGUAUUAUGAAGAAAAAUCAAGAAUGUGAUUUACUUGGUUUUGAUAGUCAUUUAAAAACAACUAUUUCAGAUAUACAAGUGUUUAAAAAUAGUAUUUUACAGGCAAAAGCUGGGGAUCAUGUUGGACUUUUAUUGAGAGGUGUAAAAUCUAGAGAUGUCUCUAGGGGAAUGGAGUUAGUCCCUAGAGGAAGUCAAGUUUUCACCAAUAGAUUUAAAGGAAAUAUUUAUUUCCUUACACAUGAAGAAGGAGGAAGAUCCAAGCCAAUUGUUAGUAAAUAUAGUCAAAAAUUAUUUAGUAAUACAUGGAAUGUAACAUGCAGACUUGAUUUAGAAAAAGGUGUUGAAAUGUUUAUGCCUGGAGAACAUGGUCCCAUAUAUCUGACCCUACAGUGGAAAAUGGUUAUGACUGUUGGACAGCCAUUCACAAUUAGAGAAAACAAUGUAACUGUUGCUACUGGUAUUAUAACUGAGCUUUUAGAACCCAUAUAUGUAAAAACCACACUAGGCAAAUUGGAAUUGUCUGGUUAAUUAUUAUUCAAUUCAAAUUUUUCAUAAGUGUAUAUAAAUUUAUGCUAAGAAUUGUUUGAAGAUUCAUAAAAAUAAAACUAAUUGUGUUAUUAAA